CAGAUAUCGAGCGAUGUAAGAUACUUUUGUGUUUUCGAGGAGCGAUGCAAAAAUGGCAUCUGCGGAUCGCUUUAAACUCGUUACGACCUCAGAAGUGAACGAAAUCAUUAACAAUGCGGUACCAGAGAACACCAAGAAAGCAACCAAGUUUGCUGUAAAGAUUUUUAACGGUUAGUGUUAGGUUUGUAAGCGAUUUUAAUAGACCCCGAGCAAACACGAUUUUUCAUGGUCUUUUUUACAAUAUCGUUCGCGUGCUAAUUCAAGUUUACGGUAACCUGCGCCCGACUUAGAUUAGUUUUGGAGCACGAAACAAUCAUGAAACACAGCCCAACAGAUCGUGGAAGGGUAUUCCCGAGAUCCAAGAUUUUGAAAAUACAGUGCGGGAUAAUUCGGAACAAGUUACGGGAUACGGGAUUUGAUUGCUACCCGGAAAGCGGGAUUCGCCAAAAUGUGGGCAGAGGAUACAGGAUUGGAACAGAGGCUUAGGAUGCAGGAUUCUCGUGAAAAAGGAGAGUGAGUGCAGGGUGAGGACCCUCCAUUCCAGACCCUAGCCAGGAUUUUUUUAAUAAGAAAAUUUUGGCUGCUAUUUUCAAUUUAAAGGGAUGGCUUGUUUAGUUGUAAGAGAACUUCAUGCAGAAAGAGACAUGUGUUUUUAUGUAUACCCAGGUUUCCUAGAAAUUCCAUAGCAGAACCUAAUGCUGGUUGCAAAGGCUAAAAAUGAUGCCCUGUUGUGUUUUAGAGUGGUUCUCACAGCAAACAGAGUUCUCAACCCAGUUGGAAGAAAUGGAGAAAGCUGAGCUGUCUAAGUGCCUUGAGAAGUUCUACCUUGGUGCUAGACAAAAAGACGGAUUUUUUUACAAAGCUAACACCUUAAGGAGCAUCAGGGCAGGUCUUGACAGAUAUUUGCAAAGUCCAAACUUAAAGAAGCCAUUCAGUAUCAUAACAGAUCCUGAGUUCUUCCAGGCAAAUAAAGCACUAGAUGCCUUCGUAAAAACACUGAGAAAAAGUGGUGAAAUUGCUGAAGUAGUCCACAAAGGAUCACUCACUCCAGAAAUUGUGGAGAAGCUAUUUCAGUCUGGUCAGCUUGGUCCAGCCGACUCGAAAGAUCCCUCUCAGCUCCAGAAUACUGUCUGGUUCUACAUUUCUAUUUACUUUGGCAAGAGAGGCAGGUUUAGUUUGGGCGAAAACCAACGAAAAAUGACCAAGCACAUGUUGGCUCUUAGAACAACUCUCAGUGGUCGACGGUUCUUUGAAAUCAACCGAGGCGUGGCUGGUGCCCUCAUGGCCAACUCCAUCACCCACCAAGGUGUCGUCAAAAGUGUAGAAGAAGAGUGGUCCAGUGCAAAAAUGUUUGAAUGUCCAGGAUCACCAAGAUGCCCAGUUGAGACCGUGAAAAACUAUCUUCUUCAUUUACAUCCUGGGGCGGAGUUCUUCUUCCAGAAGCCUCGAGCCCUCAGUGGAGCAAAGUUCAAUCCUGCCCUUGAUCAGAUAUGGUAUUGCAAUGCUCCAUUAGGUGACAGGUCUCUGGGAGAAAUGAUGAAGAAAUUGACAUCCAGGGCUGGCGUUUUUCCCUAUUUGACAAACUACUGCAUUAGAGCCACAAAUGUGGAUGUGCUUGGCUAUGAAAAUGUUGAAGCCUGCCAUUCAAGACCAUUGGUUAGUUUGAUGGCAUGAUAGAUAGCUGAAAUUAUACAAUAUUUUUAGGCCACUCAUUGUUAUAGAAUCAUUUUAUUGCUUGGUAUUUGUUCAAUUAACGUAAUUUAAAUUCAACUAAUGAUGCAGCUUAAGACACUAGACAAUUUGGAUACAUGAUAAGUGUUACAAUAAAUAAUAAAGCAACUGUGCAAUGCAGUUUACUGACUGAAUGUCAAAGUUUUUCAAAAUACAUGUUGAAAAAGGAAAAUACCCAGACAUUUUGACAGUGCUCCAUCGUCUUUAGUGGACCACUGGGGAAGAGGAAGCACCCUUGAAAUGUCUGGUUUUUUCUCCUUUUUCAACGUGUAUUUUGAAAAACUUUGAAUGGGGGACUGUGAACAUUCUAUCAGACGUAUUUAAUUUGCAUAUUUUAGCUGAAUGUUUUACAUACAAUAAUAAUUAUAAUCCACUGUUAUUUGCAGCUUUGUUCAGAUUAGUCUUUGGUCUGCCUAUGUCCCUUAAUAAUAUUUUCCUUCUUUGUCUUGUCUCUUUCAGACUCUAAGUAUUGCUGAAGCAGCAGAGAGUGUUUCAAUGGAUGAAAGUGAAUCAGAUAAAUGCACUUCUUCAUUGUCUAAUACGUGGAUGCCAGAAUCUUUAGACCUGUUCAAGAAACUUGCUAGUGAUUUGAUAGACCAUGGAAAAGGGGACUGGAUAAAGCACACAGAUGAUCUAUCCUCUUCAUCAUUCAACGGUGAAAAGAAAUUGUUCACAAAAGCAGUAAACUCUGAAUUUCCAGGGAAAUUCUUUGAAUAUCAGUAUUUUGUCAAUAAAGACAAGCGGAAACUAAAAGGUGUUGUUCAGUUUGGACCAUACACCCAAGGCACACCAGGGUAAGUCAGUUUCUGUACUUUAUUACUGUUUUACUUAAGGUAUCUGCACAGGCAAAUUUUGCACAUUUUUGCAUCAUUUUUAGUGGUUGUUUUAUGGAUAAUAUGUAUAUGUCACUAUAUUGACGGUAUUCCUCAGUUCUUGAGGAACUAGAAUAUAUCAAAAUAAACUAUGUUAUGUCACCCAAAAGGUGUUAAUUUAAUUACCCCCUAGGGUGGCACAGAAAGAGAAAAAUCAAAAUUUCAGAAGAAUCCUUAGAGUUGUUGUUAAAAAAGAAAUGUAACACAAAUAAGGACGUAAGAUAGAAUAAUUCUGUGUUUGACCACGACACAGCUCCAAUUAAUCCGGCCUCUAGGGCACAAUUUGCUAUUUUGUAAUUUGACCCAUAUUUUGACAUCAAUAACUCAGCUGUACGGCAAUUCUAACCUUUAGUCAAACACAGAUCUGUUCAUUAACAUGCUGUUUGUGUAUUUGCCAAAUUUCACGAAGUAAUAAUGAUCCAUUCCUCCAAAAAACUGGUUCCCGUAAGUCAAGGUAAAUCGGUCACGCGGUAAUUAACGCUUUUCCAGUGUGAAAAAGCUUAUUUUCUUCUCAAAAUCAACUGUUUUUCCUCGAUACUACCAUCACAGACCUUCUUGCCCGCCAUUUUGAAUCACCGCUGUGUAAAAUGCUCGUGGAAGCCUAAGAAAAUGCCAAAUGACCUCUCUAUAGCCCCCUUGGAUUUUGAUACGUGACCAGUUGCUAGGUGUGACGCAUUUCCGGAAGAUGCGUUACUCAGUGUCAGCUUUAAUGCAGUGAAGCGCGCCGAAGUAUGAAGAUUGAAGAAGAGUUUUAUUCAAAAUUGAAAAGAAUUGCUUCUGUAAAGUGAAAGAAAUUGGCAGAAAAACAGACCAGAGGAUUAGGGGCCAAGAAAACGUUUUACUCUCCCGGCAAAAUUGUCAGAAAAUAUCAGGUGAGAAGACACACCGAUGUAAUGUAAAUUUAAAACAAUAAUAAGCCCUGGAAAACGGAGUGUAUUUCAAGAACAUAACAAAUUUUGACAAGAAGCAAGUAAUAUUAGUCAUCACAGCUUUAACAGAAGCAAGAAAAAUCAAGUUGGACACACAGCGGCUGUAGUUUGUCAAUGAAUCCAAGCAGUGAAUAGAUUUUGUUCAGCACAUCAAUAGAACUUGAUGAUGGAAAGAGGAGUCAAAUUGCGCUCCUGCCGUCCUUUUCCUUAGUAACGGAAAUGAAAAUUUUUCUUUAACUUCUGGUAAAUCAGUCAACUUUUGAGUAGAUUUUCUCUUAAAUGCCAAGGUAUAUUCAAAAAAGAACACCAGAUAUGCAUAUUACAUCAUCUGAACUUACUGUAGAAAGAUUUUGAGGGCAAAAUAAAAUGUUAAAAAUUUGCCUGUGCAAAUACCUUAAAUUUGCUGUUGCUAUUUGAUGCCUUGAGCGUGACCCACUGCAUGUUGUCGAGAGCUUUUAAUAGGGAGCUUAAGCAAAGACAUUUUUUAACGACACACGUCAACUGGAAGUGAGGCCUUGUCCUUUUUUUAAAAUAUUAAAAUAUGUGUUGACGUUACCAAAUUUGUUUUGCUAGGUUCCUUUACUUUUACAGAGACAAUUUGCUCGAAAAUGCAGGCAAAACCAUUGCCAAAGAAUGAAAAAAAUACACUUCCGGUGGAUGUGCGUCACUCCAAAACGCCUUUGAUAAUUUAAGCUCCCCAUUAAAGCUGGCCCGGGUAGUGGAUUUUCCUUACGUAUAUGUAUUAGAUUGUGCUUAGGCUACUCUGGGCCAUGGAUGAGCAAAAAAUGGGGAAUUUUAAAGAUUUCCCAUUUUAUUUGGCUCAUCCAUGUCCCAGGGUAGCCUAAGCACAAUCUAAUACAUUAUAUUACAAGGAAAUCCCCUGCCCUGGGAAGAGAUAAGCCAGUAUUUUUCAAGUUUUCCUAAAUGCAGUCUAAUUUUGAAUGUUGCAUCCUGGAUGUCACUUAGAUUUCAAGUUGUGGGUAAAUAGGACAAGUAGGCAGGGAAUAAAACAGCUAGUGAUUUCUUUUGGUUCUUAAUUUUUCUUUUAUUUUCCUGUGAAAGUAUUCGAGGGCCACGUUCAUAGCAGCUUGGGGAAAUCCCGACGCUGUCCCUGUCUCUUUAUAUAUCAUUUUUUUUCUUGGUUUGUCUUAAGGCAUGAUUUCUAAUGGCUGGGAAUUGUUUCCUGUUACAGUGUACAAUCAAAUCCUGUUAAUACCUGACACUGAGGGGACCACAGAAAGUGUCCUUAUUAACUGGGCUGGUACUGGGUUGAAUUUAGAGAAAAUGUUAGGGCUUUCUUUCCCCAGGGACAAAGCAAACUGUCUGUACUAAUGAGGUGUCCGUAUUAUCAAGCAGGUGUCCAUAGACCGGGGUUUAACUGUACAUGUUGCUACAUGUAGCACCAAUUGGGUCAAUAAGAAGACUUAUCUUCUCCAGUUUGAAGUCUACAGUUUGUAUAAGUACCCAACCUUUUAAGUAACAGUAAUAAGUAUUACUCUCUUGUUAUGUUGAUAGCUGUGUUCAUCGGGGUGCAAGUACAUGCAUAUUGGAUGAUGCCAUCAAUGCUUGUGUAAACAGAUGUUUCUCUCAUUGCAUUACAGCUUCAUUGUCCAUGGAAUACAAAAGGUAAGGAAAGGAAAAUAAUAUCACGAACAAUAAUGGCUCUAACAACGACCACAAAAAACCCUGACAAUGUUCAGAUGGUUGUACCAAGAUAGGCAGGGUCAUGAGUCUUUUGAUGUGUUAAAAGUAUAUACAGUCCACUCCUGGUAACACAAACCCUCUAUAACUCGAACCUCCUGCUAACUCGAAGCAAUUUUCAUUUCCCUUCAGAUCAUUUUUAUAUAAUUUUACCCUUGAUAACUCGCACUCCUGAUAACUCAAACUUUUUUCUACUUCCCUUGAAAGUUCGAAUUAUUGGGAGUCAACUGUGACACUCAUGCCAGUGCAUGGAUAGCAAUUUUAUCAUGCUUCUUGGGUGGAUCUACAUGUAGGGUUUUGAUGGGGAGCAGGUUAUCUCGGUUACAAACUUUGUAUCUAAAGUGAUUCAAGGAAGAAGGCCUUUAAGCAUUUUCAAUGAAUAUCCAUCCAUCCAUCCAUCCAUUCAUCCUGACUAGAGUGUUCCUGUUGUUUUCAUCUCUUUAACCCUUUAAGUCCCAAUAGUGACCGUCAUCAAUUUUCUCCUAAUAAUAUCCAUAUGUUGCCAAGAGAAAUGGUUAUGAGAGUUGAUAAAAUGACCAGUAAAGAAGAAAUUUGCGGAGAUUUUUAAAGAACAGUAUAGAGAAUUUAUAUGUGGAUAUUAGGGCUUAAAGGGUUAAAGGGGCUAUCCAGCCUGCACCACAGACAAAACUAAAACAGGCUAGAAGCUUAGUUUGGCUUUACAGUAUUUCAAAAAAUGAACAAAAAUACUGUCAGACAUAGAAGGUGAUGACCGAUUGUAAUGCGAGCAAUAGUAAUGCACUGAUUUAUCACAAAUGUUUCUUUCAAAAUAUAGCAAUGUUUCUACUAAAGAUUAUGUUAAUUUCUGAUGAAGGGUGGUUGAAUGGCCAAACAGGUGUUUGUGAGUGCUGUAGAAACCAUUGUUGGUUCGCUUUUGUGUUUUGUUGUGGGUAUUGUUUGUUGUCUUUUCAAUCUUGUGUAUUAUGUCAUAAUUUUGGUGAUUGUGCCUAUCUGCAAACUACCUGCCAACUUCCAUUAAGAACCCACUUGCUGGUACCCCAAGGGUUUCCAGCAUUGGUACCCCAAGGGUGGCUGGCACUAGUACCCUAAGGGUGGCUGGCACUGGUACCCCAAGGGUGGCUGGCACUGGUACCCCAAGGGUGGCCAGUGCUGGUACCCCAAGGGUGGUCGGCGCUAGUACCCCAAAGGUGUCCGGCUCUGCUACCCCAAGGGUGGCCAGCGCUGGCACCCCAAGGGUGGCCAGUGCUAAUACACCAAAGGUGUCUGGCACUGCUACCCCAAGGGUGGCUGGCACUGGUAAUCUAAGGGUGGCCGGCGUUGGUACCUCAAGGGUGUCCGGCACUGCUACCCCAAGGGUGGCCGGCACUGGCACCCCAAGGGUGGCGGGCACUGGUACCCCAAGGGUGGCCGGCGCUGGAACCCCAAGGUUGGCCAGCGCUGGUACCCCAAGGGUGGCUGGUGCUGAUACCCCAAGGGUGGCUGGCACUGGUACCCCAAGGGUGGCUGGCAUUGGUACCCCAAGGGUGGCUGGCACUGGUACCCAAGGGUGGCCGGCGCUGGUACCCCAAGGGUGGCCAGUGCUUGAUGGAAUUGCGACUGUAUUAUUUUUAUUUUACAGACUGGAAGAAAUUCCAAGAUGUUAGCUUCUUGUGGAAACUUUAUUAUUUUUUUUGAAAGAGCAUCGUCUAUUUUGCAAUGGAACUAGCCAUCUGCAAAGGUUACAAAAAAUUCUUAAAAACAAUUGAAAAUUAAAAAAAGAAAGUAAAGGGAUGCAUAAAGUACGAAUUUUGUGAGAAAGUCCUCCCUCACAUUAACAUUUUGGCGAAAAGUAAAUCAGUUUUUAAUCAAACAUGAAGAAUCCAAUCAUAUUAACUCCAGCUCUCUCUAUUCAUAUGAAAAUUCGAACAUUUUUAGUUUUUGUUUUUAGUUUUCUUCCUCUAGGAUCUACUACACUGGUCGAAUCCAGGGUUGACAAGGUGGAAGGGAAAAUAAUAUUUUGCUCAGCCGAACUGAAGUCCCCGGACGGCAAAGUGACAUUUGUAACUGCUAAUGCGUUGUUCAUUCAACUGGGUACACAAGGAAAAGGUGAAGUUGAUGUAGAUAGAAUGAUACUUCAUUUUAGAGACCUUAGUUGUUAAUUUUAUUACGGUUAUUGAGCCGUGAAAAGCUUUUACCAGGCGCAUAAGAAAUACAGUGCAUUAGAUAACUGAUAUGGGCGAGAGGACACGUCCGAGGUGAUAGCCUGCGUAGCUGGCGGUAAUUUUUCUGCGCGUGUGUGAGGCAAAGCCGCGAGAAAAUUUCAAAACGCCUCCUCUGCCAAAAUUUGAAUCGCGCUGACGAUCCCGCCGGCUACAGAGGCUAACGAGGUGAAAAGUAGCCUCAUUGCUUUGCCACUCAGUUGGUGUUAUGCACAGUUUCUCUUUGCACCUUAUCGGUUCGUAAAAGUGUGCAUUAUGUUUAUUUAUUGUAGAUUUUUUUGAAAUUGUUCACGUUUGGAGGAACCGGUUCCCGAACAAUAAAAUUCAAAAUUGUUGUUAUAUUAGUUCACAACGUUUGAAGAAGAGAUUAUAGAUGGUAAAGGGACUAUGUGAAAACGUGGCUCUGGAAAUUGUAAGAUGUAAUUUGUAUAGGUAAUAGCAUGAUUUGUGGUGAUAUUUGGCAUAAAUACAACCAGUGAUAUUUCAAGAUAUCACGUACAAAUCAUGCUAUUAUUUGUUUGUACUACCUACCUGCAAAUGGUUUGUAAUUUUCACAUAUAGCUAUUUCAAAUUAAGCUGAAAUGCCACUGUUGUUGCCAAUCAAAUUGCAGAAAUUUCUCAUGUGGUAGUAUAAAGAAGAAAAUGAACUUGUUUCUUUGAUUGUAAUGAUGUAUAUAACAGGAAUGAAAUUGAUCGCCAAAAAAAGCCGCACGGGUGAUAAACAAUUUACUGUCUAAGAAAAAGGAGGAGGGGGAUGGGAGAAGUGUCGCUUACUUGAUGGUGGCGNUUGUAGAUUUUUUUGAAAUUGUUCACGUUUGGAGGAACCGGUUCCCGAACAAUAAAAUUCAAAAUUGUUGUUAUAUUAGUUCACAACGUUUGAAGAAGAGAUUAUAGAUGGUAAAGGGACUAUGUGAAAACGUGGCUCUGGAAAUUGUAAGAUGUAAUUUGUAUAGGUAAUAGCAUGAUUUGUGGUGAUAUUUGGCAUAAAUACAACCAGUGAUAUUUCAAGAUAUCACGUACAAAUCAUGCUAUUAUUUGUUUGUACUACCUACCUGCAAAUGGUUUGUAAUUUUCACAUAUAGCUAUUUCAAAUUAAGCUGAAAUGCCACUGCUGUUGCCAAUCAAAUUGCAGAAAUUUCUCAUGUGGUAGUAUAAAGAAGAAAAUGAACUUGUUUCUUUGAUUGUAAUGAUGUAUAUAACAGGAAUGAAAUUGAUCGCCAAAAAAAGCCGCACGGGUGAUAAACAAUUUACUGUCUAAGAAAAAGGAGGAGGGGGAUGGGAGAAGUGUCGCUUACUUGAUGGUGGCGCUUAUUUUUAAUGUUGGCCCGAUGCGAUCGGCUGUUAUUUGAAAGGAUCGCAGCUUUGUGCUCAACCUUUGUUGUCCAUAAAGAAGAAGGGGAAUGGAGGGGUGGUGCUUACUCGAGGGGAGGCGCUUAUUUUAAAUGUUGAGGUGAUAUUUGGGCUCUUCUCUGAAGGGAUUACUUAUUUGAGGGGAGGCGCUAAUUCGAGGUUUUACCAUUUAACUGAAAAUAUCAGUUUCUUUAAAUUAAUCCUAGGGAGGUAGGAAGGAAGGUGUUGAUUUCACCAAAAAGCUUCUUAUGCGGCUUCUUGAUUUCACGAUAUUUUUUUCUGAAAUCGGGAAAAUUAGUAAUGAUGAAACAGUAUUAUCAUGGACUUUAGGUAUUACAGGCAAUAAGUCGGGUUCCGAAAGGCCGCAAUCGCUAUCAGCGAGAGCUGACUUUUUGAUCUCAUUUUAGCUUCCAGCAGCGUUCGAGCUGAACAGAAUGCACAAGCAAGAGUUUUAAACUCGUCUAAUGAUCAGAUAUCAAGUGACGAUGGAUUCAGUGGGAACUCCCGUGCAGACACUACAGAGAGAAAGGCAAGAACCCUAAAUAGAAAUAUGCACAAAAAAUGUGAUAUAGUUUUGUUCACCUCAAGGACAGUGGAAACUGCCCGUGAACUAUUGCUGAAAUUUGAUGACUGUUUAGCGUGUUCCUGCAAGGUGCUUUUCUCGGCGUUCAUGAGCUCAGUGCGUCACGGCGACGUAUCCGACUCGAAGGUCCGGUUCUUCGUCAGGACUACGUGACCCAAAGCAAUCUGAUCGCGCGUCUCUCUGUGACAUGACGGUUAGAUUCCAAGUUCUGUAAUAUGUGCAGAUAACAUUAGCUGGUAGAUAAAAUAGUUCAUCGAAAAUACAUAAAAAUUGUUUUCGUAUCUACUGGAAUCUUAUGAGUUUGUAAUUUUUGUUCUUUUCCCGAAAUUCUUUUCGUAGAUGCGUGUGCGUUCAACCCUUCUACAACAGCUUAAGGACCUAAAGGCUUUAAAAGACGACGGCGUUCUGUUGGAAAGUGAAUUUGUAUCACAAAAGGAAAAGCUACUGAGAGAGCUAAAUUCUCUCUAAUUUAGCCUGUUCACAGAUCCUAAAAAGAAAUAUGCACAAAGAAUGUGAUACAUUCUUAUUAACCUCAUGAACAGUUUAAACUGCCUUGGCAUUCGCGCUCGUUCUCGGGCUCAGCGCUCGAUCGCGCGCUGUCGAAUUGUCGAAAGACAAAGGAAAAGCAUCUGUGGAUAGGCUAUAUCUAAUUAAAAUCUAUAAUUGACUUACGAAUCUUAACAAAAUGGUCUGUCGCGACUGAUUGCUUCCACGUGAUUUUUUUUUAAUAAUCGCCCAACCAGUUCAUUGAAAAUUAAAAGAUCCAUCCC